AGAAAUGCCUGUGUGAAUAAACAUCGAGGGCUGCGGGCCACGUUUCUGAGAAAGAUGUGCGUUUACAUUUUGGUUCUCAUCUAAGUCAAGAAAAUGAGUGCCGGGUUUGGCUUCGGGCAGCCUUCUGCUCCUUUUACCUUCGGAGAUCAGAAGACCACAGCCGCCGCAGCCGCACCCGCCCCUGGUACCGGCUUUGGGAUGACAAGCUCCGCACCUACAGCCACCGGUGGUGGCUUCGCCUUCGGCACCCAGCCCACCCAGGCCAACGCUAACACCGCCGGCGGUUUCAGUUUCGGCACACCAGCCAAGAGCACACCUGCUGCUGGAGGAUUUGCUUUUGGCACCCCCGCCAACACUACAUUUGGUCUCGGCACGCCUGCUCAAACUACAGCAGGAGCGGGGAUGACUAUGGGUUCCACGGCAGUUCCAGCGGCGGGGUCAGGGUUCGCACUGGGCGCCGGUCUGACCUCACAGACCACCGCUGCCGCUGGCGGCUUCAGCUUCGGGAAUGCUACUCAGCCUCCACCCCAGCUCCAAUCCCAGCUCCAAUCCCAGCUCCAAUCCCAGCUGCAACCCCAGCUUCAACCCCAGCUUCAACCCCAGCUUCAACCCCAGAUGCAACCCCAGAUGCAAUCCCAGUUGCAAUCCCAGCUCCAAUCCCAGCUCCAAUCCCAGCUCCAAUCCCAGCUGCAAUCUCAGCUGCAAUCCCAGCUCCAAUCCCAGCUCCAACCACAGCUCCAACCUCAACCCCAACUUGCUGUCACAACAGCACCUGCAGCAACAGCAGCAUCAGGUGGCCUCAACUUUGGAGGGUUCAGUUUUGGAAAUACAAAGGUCCAGAUGACCACAGCUGCUGCCUCUACUGCCCCUUCAGGGGGAGGCUUCAGCUUUGGUACCACUGCUCCCUCCACCCUCACACUGGGCACCCAGCCUCAGCCAGUCUCAACCGCUGCAGCCACAACAGCGACUCAAGGUGGAGGAUUUGCCUUUGGGAUUAAACCGUCAUCAACCCCAGCUCCUCCUGCAUCGACCCAACCAGCUCCAGCCCCAGCUCCAUCUCUAGGUCCCUCUCUCUUUGCAGCACCUUUCACCACAGCUACUGCUGCUGCAACAGGCACAGGCUUCACUUUGGGUUCAGUCGCAACAUCAGCAGCAAGCGCUGCUCCUGCAACAACCACAGCAGCUGGUGGAGGUCAGGCUUUCAUGCUCAAACCUUUGGGAGCAUCUACCGCCUCCUCCAUCUCUGCUCCUGUUCCUACUGCCUCAACUGUGGCUGCCACAAUAGGUGCUGCAACAGGUGCUGCAGCAGGCUUCACACUGGGGAUCAAAUCUGCAUCUGGGUUAAGCACCACAACAACUGCCACAGCCACAACAAUCACAACUGCAGCUCCUCCAGUGAUGACCUAUGCCCAGCUAGAGGGUCUUAUUAACAAAUGGAGUCUUGAGCUGGAAGACCAAGAGAGGCAUUUCUUACAGCAGGCAACUCAGGUGAAUGCCUGGGACCGCAUGUUGGUGGAGAAUGGAGAGAAGAUCACAUCCCUGCAUAAAGAGAUGGAGAAGGUAAAGCUAGACCAGAGGAGGCUCAACCAGGAACUGGACUUCAUCCUGUCCCAACAGAAGGAGCUGGAGGACUUACUUUGCCCGCUUGAGGAAUCUGUGAAAGAGCAGAGUGGAACCAUCUACAUGCAGAAUGCCGAUGAAGAGCGUGAAAGAACGUACAAGCUUGCAGAGAAUGUUGACGCACAGCUGAAGAGGAUGUCCCAGGACCUGAAGGAGAUUAUCGAGCACCUCAACACGUCCAGUGGCUCAGGAGACACCAGUGAUCCACUGCAGCAGAUUUGUAAAAUUCUCAAUGCCCACAUGGAUUCUCUACAGUGGAUCGACCAGAAUUCAGUGCUACUGCAGAGACGAGUGGAGGAUGUGUCCAAACUGUGCGACAACCAGCGCAAGGAGCAGGAGAAGACCUUUCGUUUAACAUUUGACUGAUGCGAAAUAAGUAUACUGGCCUGUGUGUACGUUAACAUUGUGCUAAUAUCAUUAGUCAAGAUGUCAUCGAUUUGCAAUCGUCCCAAUUUCUGUUCAAACUGCAUUCCCCAACUUGUAGGUCAUACAGAGAUAUUAAAAUAUUUUCAAGGUAUUUUCAACGCAGUAGUUUUUAUAUACAGUUGUGAAAGUGGUCAUUUAUUUCCAUGUAAAUGCUUUACUUGUUCAGGGAGUGAUUAAAUAAAUCUUUCAAUGAAGGUUAAA